GCGGAGACGGCAGGCGCGGAGGACGCGGUGGUGGGACCGGGAUCCGCUGUGGCUCGGGCGGCGCCUCCCUGCGGCGGCCCGGCCCGGCUCCGGCCCCGCCGGGGCGAUGCUCCCCGAGGCCGCGGGAUGAGCCAGUGACUUGGCUGGCCCGGGCAUGGCGGACCCCGCGGUGGGCAUCGCGGGCUCGGCGGCCAAGAGCGUGCGGCCGUUCCGCUCGAGUGAGGCCUAUGUGGAGGCCAUGAAGGAGGACCUGGCCGAGUGGCUCAACGCCUUGUACGGCCUGGGUCUGCCCAGCGGUGGUGAUGGCUUCCUGACGGGGCUGGCCACGGGCACCACCCUGUGCCAGCACGCCAACGCCGUCACUGAGGCCGCCCGAGCGAUGGCCGCCGCCCGCCCGGCCCGCGGGGUGGCCUUCCAAGCACACAGCGUGGCGCCUGGCUCCUUCAUGGCCCGAGACAACGUGGCCACCUUCAUCGGCUGGUGCCGCGCAGAGCUGGGUGUGCCCGAAGUGCUCAUGUUCGAGACCGAGGACCUGGUGCUGAGAAAGAACGAGAAAAGCGUGGUGCUGUGCCUGCUGGAGGUGGCGCGGCGCGGGGCCCGCCUCGGCCUGCUGGCCCCUCGCCUCGUGCAGUUCGAGCAGGAGAUUGAGCGGGAGCUGCGCGCCGCGCCCCCUCCCCGCAACGCCCCCACUGCCGGGGAGGACGCCGCCGUUGCUGCCGAGCCCGCCACAGCCCCGGGGGCUCCGGCCCGCGGGCCCCGCAUGACGCCCAGCGACCUGCGCAACCUCGACGAGCUGGUGAGGGAGAUCUUGGGGCGCUGCACCUGCCCAGACCAGUUUCCCAUGAUCAAAGUCUCGGAGGGGAAGUACCGCGUGGGAGACUCCAGCCUGCUCAUCUUUGUGCGGGUGCUGAGGAGCCACGUGAUGGUGCGCGUGGGCGGCGGCUGGGACACACUGGAGCACUACCUGGACAAGCACGACCCCUGCCGCUGCUCCUCCACAGGUCAGUGCCCACAGCGGGGGCGGGGCGGGCGUGCACCUGGGGCCCCGCCCCUCACGCCCUGCCCGUCCUCUCUCCCUGCAGCCCACCGCCCACCCCAGACGAGGGCCCGCACCUUCUCCCCGCAGCGGGUGUCGCCCGCCCCCAGCCCCCGCGCUGGUAGCCCAGCCCCGGGGGGUGAGCGCAGGGGCUCCCGCCCCGAGGUGACACCCAUUAGCUUACGCAGCUCGAAGGAGGGGCCCGAGACCCUGCUCAGGGCCCGGGACCAGUUGCCCCCCCAUCCCCGCUCCCGCCGCUACUCCGGGGACAGCGAUUCCUCAGCCUCCUCAGCCCAGAGCGGUCCCCUUGGUGCCCGCAGUGAAGACUCAGGCACUGGCUCCCGGCGGGAGCGGCCCAGCCGGCGCGUGACCACAGGCACCCCAGCCUCCCCAAGACGGCCCCCCGCCCCACGCAGCCAGUCCCGAGACCGACUGGAUCGGGGGCGGCCCCGUGGGGCCCCAGGAGGCAGGGGAGGCCAGCUGUUGGCCCCCAGCCCUGCCCGGCGGGCCCGGAGCCAGAGCCGUGAAGAGCAGGCUGUGUUGCUGGUGCGUCGGGACCGAGAUGGGCAGCACUCGUGGGUGCCUCGGGGCAGGGGCAGUGGGGGCUCGGGCAGGAGCAGCCCCCAGACUCCCCGUGCCCACAGCCCUGCAGCGCCCCGGCCACCCCGGGUCCCCAGCCCCAGUCCAGAGUUGAGCACCACCCCGGCCAGUAUCUUCCGCACCCCCCUACAGCUUGACCCAAAGCAGGAGCAGCAACUAUUCCGGCGCCUGGAAGAGGAGUUCCUGGCCAACGCCCGAGCCCUUGAGGCUGCUGCUGUCGGGACCCCCGCUGGACCAGCCCCUGACCCGGUUCGGGCUCCAGACCCUCCAGCUCCUGACUCAGCCUACUGUUCCUCCAGCUCCUCCUCUUCAUCCCUCAGUGUCCUUGGUAGCAAGUGUGGCCAACUCGGGGACUCUGGCAGGAUGGCCAAUGGGCUGCCCGGACCCCGAGGCCCAGCCCUGUCCAGCUCUUCCGAUGAAGGCAGCCCCUGCCCUGGUGUAGGGGGCCCACCAGAUGCACCUGGGAGCCACCUGGCCGGCCCAGAGCCCCUCAGGACCUGGGCGAGAGGCAGGAUGGACACACAGCCAGACCGAAAACCCUCACGCAUCCCCACACCGAGGGGCCCCCGCCACCCAUCUGGACCCACGGAGUCUAGGGCCUGGCAUGCCCUGCACUCGGGCAGCCCAAGGGCCGAGCCGGAUUCCUGGAUGUGAUGGACCAGCCCAGCCCAGCUGACCCCAGCCCCCCAUUCCUUCUCCUUUUCCUUUGUGGCCUUAACCCCCUCUGCAUCAGGGAGCCCCCUUUGCCUCUUGGGGACCAGACCUCAUGGGACCAGACCCCUUGGGACCACAUGGCACAAUGGGACCUCUGUUGUACAUUCCGGUUGGGGGAUGAGCAUUGCUAUUUAAUUACUAAUAUUAUUGAAUGCCUUAGAGGAGCUGGGCCAGCCCAUUAAGGACCCUUUCUGAGGUCCUGUGGCCCUGCAGAGCCUGACAGUAAAGUUUUGUUCCAGCUA